AUGAUAAACUACAAUGGUAAAUUAGGUUUACUUUGGUCUGAAGGAUGGCUUUCUAGAAGUAGUACAAGUGUUAACUUGUGUGUGCUAGAAGAUAUCGGAAAGCAGGAAUGGUCUGAGCAUGUGUAUGUAUUGCCUGCUUUGUGGGAGGAUAUUGUUGGGAGUGCCUCGUUAAGCUUUGUUGGAAUGACGCAGACAAAUGAGAUUGGGAUGAGGUCGCUAGCCUAUCCACCAAGCCCUUUGUACCUAUUCUACUUCAAUACCGAGAGGAAUACUGUCGUUAGAGUUGCAAUCCAAGGAAUGGAUGUGUCUGAGUAUGAUAGAGUUCACAUCUUUCUAGACCAUUUAGAGAAUGUGAAGCUUAUGUAA